AUGGCCACUAGAGCAAAAGACGAGGUGCCUGAAGGUGCUGUGGCCACUCCGGCUCAAGACCUUGACACAGUGACGCUUGGUCCUGGUGGUGAAACCGAUAUUGAGGCUGGCGGCGAAAAACCCCAAUCAACCAAUGAGACGGAUCCCAAUGUCGUAGGCUGGGAUGGGCCACUCGAUCCGCAGAACCCUAUGAACUGGCCAGAUUCUAAGAAAUGGCUCAAUAUCUCCCUCCUUUCCCUCCUCACCAUUGUCACGCCGUUGGGUUCAUCCAUGUUUGCUCCAGGAAUACCCAGCAUAAUGGUUGAGUUCCACAGUACUUCUUCUAUCACGGCAACGUUUCUCGUGUCCAUUUACAUCCUUGGGUUCGCUUUCGGCCCCUUGAUCGUCGCCCCCUUAAGUGAGAUAUACGGUCGUAGGCCGCUCUACAUCAUCGGCAACAUACUCUUCGCCGUAUUCACAGUCGGUACUGCGUUAAGCAAAAGCAUCGGCAUGCUGUUGGCGUUUCGUUUACUCAUGGGUCUCUCGGGGUCAGUGCCCAUUACUAUUGGGAGUGGCAGCAUCGCAGAUAUUAUGCCCGUUGAAAAGCGUGGUAGGGCCAUGUCAGCUUGGGCGCUCGGCCCAUUGCUUGGACCCAUCAUUGGUCCUGUCGCUGGUGGCUAUCUGAUCAGAGCUGCCGGGUGGCGAUGGGUUUACUGGCUGAUAUUAAUACUGUCUGGUAUCUUCAUCCCUGUGUCCGUCAUGUUCCUCCAGGAAACAUUCGCACCCGCAUUGUUGGAGCAAAAGACUCGUCGUCUCCGCAAAAAAACCGGGAACCUUGAGCUACGCAGCAAGGCAUCUGGUCGGGCCGGACCCAAGGAGCAGUUCAGGCUCGCCCUCGUCCGCCCCCUGAAGCUGCUCUUGGUUACACCGAUCGUCACGCUCAAUGCCCUGUACGUUGCAAUUACCUAUGGAAUCCUAUAUCUACUGAUUACCACCUUUUCAUUCGUCUACAAGAAUGAGUACGGGUUCGACGAGGGCAGUACCGGGCUCACGUUCAUUCCUUCCGGGCUGGGGAUGAUGAUUGGUGUUGUGGCUUUUGGACAACUUACAGACAUGAUGGUAAAACAGAACAAGGCGAAGGGAGUUGCUCAUAAGCCAGAGGUGCGACUUGCACCGGCCAUUACGGUACCCAGUGGGUUGACAUUGCCCAUUGGACUGUUUAUCUACGGUUGGACGACAGACAAGGGUGUUCACUGGAUCGUGCCCAUGCUCGGCGUGGUCAUCUUCAGUGCUGGCCUCAUGGGAAUCAUGAUGUCGGUUCAGAACUACCUGCUCGACACAUAUCCAUCAUAUGCAGCUUCGGUCACAGCAGCGUUAGCGGUCCUCCGUUCGUUGCUUGGAGCCCUACUGCCGCUCGGUGGGUUGCAAAUGUACAACUCAUUAGGGCUCGGCUGGGGAAACAGCUUGCUGGCUUUCAUCUCCCUAGCACUUGUCCCAAUCCCAGUGGUUUUCUUCAUGAGCGAACAAGAGCAGGUUGUAAUUACACUAUCUCCCCGCCGAGGCUGUGAGUUUGACUGCGACUCUACCGGUCCCAGCCAGCUUAGCGGGUUAAACCUGGGUGGCAGGGAGACCGGUUAUGCCGACCGUUUCCAGGCCACCGACCAGCAACCGCUUCAAAUCAAAACUCAUCGUUUCGCUGUCGUGGCCGCCGUUCCAUGCAUUCUGCUCGUUCUGCAAGCCAUCGUUUGGGGACCCACCGCCUUUCUCUCUUGCCUGCAAAAUAUCAACCCCGCGGCAAAUGCCGUGCUUGGUCUCCUGUACAAGUGUGUGACCGCCCCUGACGGAGGCUCAGCAAUGAUGGGUACCACCGAUGCGUCAUUGAGUGACAUUGCAGCCUCCCUCAUCUCUCAGAGAGAGCUUGACUUGGUCUCUUGCCACGUGACCCAGUCUUUGUGGGCAGGCUAUGGCCAUAUCUGCCAGGUCACUGCCGCGCGGCGCCGCGGUGGUGACCCUUCCAUCACGAACGGCGCGUCGCCAGUAUCAUUGAUUCUCAAAUACAUCUCACCACCAACGACGGCCAGUGCCCAUGACGAGGGCCACAUCCGAAAGAUACUGUCCUAUCAAGUGGAGCAGUAUUUCUACACCAGGCUAGCGCCGCAGCUGCCCGAAGACGUCGCUGUUGCCGAAUGCAUUGCCAGUAUCAACGAUGGAAAGACAACCGCGCUCGUUCUUAAGGACCUAAGGAGCCCCGAAUCUAGCUUGAGGCCCAAGAAUGCAUUUUCGGUGUCUCUAGAGAAGCGUGGCGAGCUGAAUCCGACCCAAGUCCUGGCGGCUUUAAAUUGGCUUGCUGGAUUUCAUGGCCAUUUCUGGGGCAGGAUGGAUCAGUUUCGCAGAGAGAACAUGCUGCUGCCUCCAUUGGCGGAAGCAUCGAGACAAAGGCAGCGGCGGAGCGUCAAGCCUUCCGCGGAGCCCCACGAUCGCUUCACGGUCAGCGGUGUUUGGCUAAACGGAGGUUAUACCUAUCUGGCUACGCGUCGGAAGGAGUACCUGAGCCUCUUACAUGACAAACAAUCGGAGUGGUCAGGACCCUUAUGCGAUCCAGCUCAGCCUGACGGAAUUUCCUUAGCCGAGCGAGUGGCCGAACUUCUGUCACCAGCCUCUGAUUCUGCCGAUCCAGGGCCGGUGUCUGACUAUGAGACCUUGAUCCACGGAGAUGUGAAGUCGGAAAACAUGUUUGCUUCACCCUCUGGGGAAGAGGUUGCAUUUGUCGAUUUUCAAUAUGUCGGCCUCGGCCUCGGCGUAUGCGACUUGGCGAAGCUGUUCACAUGCUCUGUCCCUGCAACGGAGUUGAUGGGAGGUACCGCAGGGGGCACGAAUAUACAAGGGCUAGAAAUGCAACCCGGCGAGAAAGCUUUGUUGCUUCAUUACAUCGACCAGCUGGAGAAGUCUUCCGGCAAGGUGUACCCUUGGGAUAUCUUUGUCCGACACUGGGAAGCAGCGCUUGUAGACUGGUUGAGGUUUCAGGCAAGCUGGGGGUUUUGGGGGAAUACGGACUGGCUGGAAGCAAGGGUCAGGCAUAUCAUCAAGACCAGUGGUUUGUAG